AUGAAUCCAUAUAAAAAUAGUAAUGAAUCUAAAAUAUUAUAUCCUCCUAUAUAUACAUUAAAUGGUAAAAAAUCUUAUGAAGAAUCAAAUUCAUAUAAUGUUUUAAAUGUUUCAAUGAAAAAAUAUAUGGACAAAAAUAAAAAAGAUAGAAUAAAUGAAGGAGAACAAAAUGGUGAUAUAUUUCAUUUUAAUGUAGAUAAUAAAUUUUUAUGGAAUUUAGAUAAGCCUAUUAACAUUAAUAUGAAUAGUGAAAAUUAUUAUGUGGACAAUAAUUUAAUAAGAUGUAAUAAAAAGAAUGAUAUAAAUCUCAUAAAUAAUAGAAAUGAUGGAUUGAAUUUGAAUUAUGUACCAUGUAAUUCAUUUAUUAAUACACCUAAUAAUUGUGUCAAUAAAUAUAGGAAUAAUAAUGUUAAUGAAAAAAAGGAUAUUUUAAAAAAUAUCAAGGAACCAUUUUUUUAUUUUUCCAAGGAGAACAAAAUUAAAGAAGAUAAAAAUAUUAUAUCAAAAAGUUAUGUUGUUCAUAACCUAUCGCAUAUUAAUAAUUAUGUGAAUCCUAAUAAUUCUACAACAUUUUGUAAUUAUGACAAUGUGGGAAAUAAAAAAACAAGAGGAAGAUCUUCAAGUUAUGUAAAAAAUAUCGGAAUGUAUGUGCAUAACAAUUUUCAUAGUAAAGAGGAGGAGAAUGAUACUGCUGUGUAUUUUUUAAAGAAAUCAAAUAUAACAGAUGAUCAUAUGAACAGUACUAAUAUUAAGGAUAUAAGUAAUGAUAAUAAUAUUAAUAAAUAUAAUUAUGAUGAUAAUAUACAAUAUUUAUUUAGGAACAAUAUGCAAAAAAUGUUAUAUGCUAAAAAUAUAAGUAAUAGUGAAAAGAAUGAUAAAAAAAAGUAUAGCUCUAUAAUUUAUAUAAAAAAUCAAGAUACUCAGAAAAAUAAUAGAAAAUGUAACAACGUUCCAGUUAUUAAUCCUACAGAUAUAAAUAUGAAUGAAAAACAAAAUGAUAUAUUAAAAAUUAAUAAAAAGAAUAUAUAUAAGAUUAUGGAGAAUAAUAUGACUAAAAAUAUUAUAUAUAAACAAAACAAAACAAACGAAAUAAAAAAUUGUAAUGUUAAUAGAAUAAUGUGUUUGAAACAUAAUAGUGAAAAGUUAAAAUAUCCUUUUGGAAAAGUAGACCAUAAGAAAAAUGAUCAUGAAAAUUAUUAUAAGAAUUAUGUAAAUGGUAAUUAUAAUGUGAAAUGUAAAUAUCAUUAUAAUAAUAAUGGAAAAUUUCUUUGUAGUAAUAAUAUGCUAAAUGAUUAUCUUGUUAUGAAUAAUAAAAAUUUUAUUGAAGCCAUAAAAACAAAGGGGAAUACACAUUACGAUAUUAAUAAACUAUACAGAUACGAAAGUAAGGAAUAUGAAAAUAAAAAAAUUAGAUUUAGUAGUGAGAAUAAGACAAUUGAUAAAGUAGAAAAAAGUUAUUUAUUGAAUAAGAAUAGUUUUUCUAAGAAUAUGAUGAAUAAUUAUAAUGGUUUUUAUUCUAAGAAUGGUAAAAUCUGGAGAAGUAAGGAAAAUACAUAUACUUUCGAUGGAACAUGUGACAUGAAAUGUAAUAUUUAUAAGAAGAAUGAAGAUGAACAUAAUAUUAAAAAAGACAUCGGAAUAAUUAUUGCUAAUAAUAAUAAUAAUAAUAAUAAUAAGGAUAAUAUUUAUAAUAACAUUUAUGUAAAUAAAAAAUAUACAGAGAAUAGUAAGGGACAUUAUGUGGGAAAUGAUGAACAUAAUUACGUGAAAUAUUAUAACGAUAAUAAAACUAAUAAUAAGAAGAAGGAUAAUUAUAUUGUUACUAAUGCGUUAGAUAAUAAUACAAAGAAUGAAGAAGGUAUAAAUAACGUAAAUAUAAAGAAGGGAAUGUUGUUAUCAACUGAUUGUCAUUAUAAGAAUGGUAUAAAAAAAAAAAGUAGCAUUAUAUAUGAUAAAGAGAAUAAUAAAUAUGUAUUUUAUAAAGACGACAAAAAUGUUAUAAAGAAUAUUAUGCAUCCUAAUAAUAAAUGGGAUAAUGAAAAUGUAUAUUGUGAUAAAAUAAAAGGUAAUAAAAAUAUGUCACCUGUGGGAAAAAUUUUAAAUUUAUCGAAUAAUACAGAAAAGGAUACAAAAGAAUAUAUAAAUAAUAUGGAUGUAGAAACAAGCAUAAUUCAACAAAAUAACUGUAUAAAUUAUACAUCACCUAAAGCUAAUGGUAUAUGUCUUUUAAAUAAAAAAAAUAAUAAUACUAUAAAUAAUGAAAAUGUAACGCAUGUUGAUUCUUCAGUAUUAGAAAAUAAACAAAAUUGCAAUUUAUAUAACAUAAAAAUGGAUCACAAAAUGAAUGACAUAAUAAGCAUUGAAGAGGAGGAAAAUAAUGAUAGUAGCAACAACAAUAAUAUAAAUAAUAAUAUAAAUAAUUAUAUUGGUAAUAAUAUAAAUAAUUAUAUUGGUAAUAAUAUUAAUAAUAAUAAUAAUAAUAAUAAUAAUAGUAGUUGUAGUAGUAGUAAUAAUAAUUAUUAUAAUUAUGGUAAGGAAAUGAAUGUCAAAAAUGAUAUGGAAACAUAUAAAUUACAAGUAAGAAAACAUAUUGAUAAUGUAAAGAAUAUAAAUUAUUUAUAUAGCUCCAGAAAAAAAAGAUUUGAAAAUAAUCAAGAAAGAAAUGUUUCUUUAGUUAUUAAAAGUGAACCUCUUUUCUUGAAAACUAUUAAAACUAAUGAUAGAAAUAUAGAUUUUAUGAAGAAUAUAAAAAAGAAUGACAACAAUAAUAAAUGUGUGGACAAAGAUAAUUUAAAUUAUACAUUUUGCAAUAAAAAUAAAAAGAUAGGAACAUCACCAGUUAUUAUUAGUAAUAUUGGAAAUAAUUAUAAUUUCAAGAAUGAUCGAGACAAGAACGAAAAUGAGGAGAGUCAAACACAUUUUGAUAUAGUUUAUUUAAAUAAAUUAAAUAUGAAUGUUAAAGAGGAAAAAAGGAAAAGGAAAAAAGAAAUUGGAAAAAAAACAAAAAAAAUGAAACAUACCAUAAAAUUAUUGAAAAAAAAAAAUAAGGAAAAUAAUUUGCUAUUAAAUAAAAUUGGAAAAAAAAAUAUAGAUGAAAAUUUCAUAGUAGAUGAAAUAUGUGAUAAUAAUAAAGAAAUUGAAAAAGGAGAAAAAAAAAAUAAUUAUGAUAUUGAGAGUAUGAAUGAAAAUAUAAAAUAUGAUGAUUGUAAAAGUAAUGUAUCUAAUAUUGAUAGUCUUAUUAUAAAAGCAAUGUCUAAUACAGUAAUAGAAAAUCCUUUGUGCGAUAAUCAUCAAAAGGAGGAUGAUGUUUUUUAUAAGGGCAAAAUUAUUUGUCCAAAUGAAAUCUAUGAUAAGAUAGAAAGUAAUAUGGAAAAAGAAAAAGGUUAUGGUAAUAAUGAUUUUAUGAGUAAUAAGAAAGAAAUAAUUUCCGAAAAGGACAAAGAAAAAAUAAAUCAUAAUAUUUUACAUGAUAAUAAUAAUAAUAAUAAUUACAAUAAUCAUAAUAAUAAUAGUGAUUUUUCUAAAAGUUAUAAUAUUAAAGAUAUUCAUUGUAGUUAUGAAGAAAAAAAAUUAAAUACAGAAAAUAAUUGGACAGGUAAUACUACAAGGGAUGAUAAUUUCAAAUUGCCACAUGAUCAUAAUAAUAAAGAAGGUGGUUAUAUACAAUUUAAUAAAGAAAAAGUAAUUAAGAAUACAUAUGUAGAUAAUAAUAUUGAAAAUUCAUUUUUAAGAACUAAUAAUAUAUCAAAUGAUAUUUCACUUCCAUGGAAUAAGGAUAAAAUGGUGAAAUUGUUUUUAAAUAAUAAAAGUAAAGAAUCAAAUAAAGAAAAAAAAAAUGAUGUUAUAACAAUAAAUACGAAAUUAUCUAGAUAUGAAAGAGUGUUAAUACAUACUUGUAUAUAUAAAUUAAAUUGGAAGAAAUAUAUUGAUAAUAUAAAUAAAGGUAUGUUUUAUUGGAUUGGUUAUAAUAUUAACGAUUUUGAUCAUUAUAAUUAUAUGAAAAAGAAAAAAAUUAUUAAUAGAAUACCAUCAAUGUAUAUGUAUACAAAGAAAAAAACAUUAACUUUUUUAUUAUCUCACUUGUCCUUAAUAUUUCCUUCCUUAUUUAAUUUCUAUCCAAAUACAUUUGUGUUACCAGAAAAUAAAAAUAUAAUAAAAUAUAUAUUGAAUAGUAAUAAUAAAGAAUAUUAUAUAAUGAAGCCCGAUUGCGGUAGUAUGGGUAUAGGUGUAAAGAUAAUAAACAAAUAUAAUGAUAUCAAUAUUAAUAUAUUGAAUGGAUAUAAUAGUUAUAUAAUUCAAAAGUAUAUUGAUAACCCAUUAUUAAUGUAUAAAAAGAAGUUUGAUUUUAGGAUAUAUAUUUUAUUAUUACCAGGAAAAAAUUAUCCUAAAAUAUAUUUAUCUAAAGUUGGUUUUGCUCGUUUGUGUACAGAAGAAUAUAAAAAAAAGAAACGAUAUAUUUGUAAUACAUAUAUUCAUUUAACUAAUUAUAGUAUAAAUAAAGAUAAUGAUAAAUAUAUAAGGAAAAAGAAUAUACAUGACAAAAAUAAUAAUAAACAAUUAUUAAGUGAUGUUUUCAUUUAUUUAAAAAAAAAUGGAUAUGAUAUAGAUGAUAUAUGGAAACAAAUAAAGAAAAUUACGUGUCUAACAUCUUUAGCUAUUUAUUCUUAUAUAAAAGAAAAAAUUAAAUAUAAUUUCCAUAAUAAUUUUUAUUUCUAUCAGUUAAUAGGUUUAGAUAUAUUAUUAGAUAAUAAUGGAAAAGCAUGGUUGCUCGAGGUAAAUUCUAAUCCUUCUUUAAGGAUAGAUUAUAUUGAUCCAAAUUAUGUUCAUUUUGAAAUACAACUAGAAAGUAUGUUUGAUAGAUAUGUUAAAGAGCCUGUCAUAAGUGAAAUGUUUUUAAUAGUAUAUGAGAAAAUAUAUAAAAAAUAUAUAAAGAAAAAAAAUAAAAAGUCUAACAAUGUUAUGGUUCAAAAAGGUAAAUUUGAAAAAUGUACGAAAAAAAAUGAUAUUUGUUUUGAUAAUAAAAAGAGGAUAUCAUCAAAAGGUCACUUCAAUAAUAUUAGUAAUAAUAAUAAUAAUAAUAAUAAUAAUAAUAAUAAUAUUAAUGAUAAUAAUAGUAACCCUAAUGGCAGUGUUAGGAGUUUAUCAAAUUUUAGGGGUAAUAGAAAAAAUCCAAAAGGAAAAUUAUCUACAAAAAGGAAAUUAUCUACAAAAGGGAAAUUAUCUACAAAAGGGAAAUUAUCUAUAAAAGGAAAAGAACAUACAAAUAAAAUUAAUCCUUUUAAGGAAUUUUCACUUUAUUCAGAGGAUAGAUAUUGUAUAGAUAAAAAAACAAAUACUGAUUUACUUACAAAUGAAAAAAUAAAAAAUGUUUCAAAUGGAAAUGAAGGUAUUGGUAGUAAAUUAAAUGUAAGAAAUAAUACAGAAUCAAAUAUAUCUAGUAUGUGUAAUGUAUCAAGUAGAAGUAAUAUAUCUAGUGUAACUAAUACAACAAAUAUAUCAUAUAUAUCUAAAAAUCAAAAUAGAGAAGCAAAUAUAUUUAAUUAUACAAAAAUAAAUCCAGCUUCUGAUAGUGAAAAAAGUUCAAUAUAUAAUUUCGGUAAAAACCUUUCCCCAAAUAAUUAUUUGAAUAAUAUUAGAAUGAAAAAUAUGCUAAAGAAAAAGAGUAAGGUAAAAAAGAAUUUAUUUCUCAAAAAAGAAUAUAUGAGUAAUGUUGAUACAUGUGUUGAUGAAAAUGACAUAGGAAGUUUUACCUUGUCAAAUAAUAUAAAUAAACGUGAACAAAUCAGUAAUGAUUCUUUAAAUGAAAAGAAUGAAAUUAAUGGUAUUCAUAAGUUAAAAGAAGUUAAUUCUAAUAAAUUAUCUAAUAAAAAUUUAAAUGAUAUUAAAUAUAAAGACAAUAUACAAAAUGUGGUUCAUGAUCAUUUAGAUGAUACUAUAUUUGAUGAUCAGAAAAUAAAAAAUAAUUUUUUUCAAAAAAUUCUUUUUGAUGAUAUUGUAUGUAGUAAAAAAAAAAAUAUUGAUAUAAAUAAAUACAAUGAUAAAAAGAAAUAUAAUAAAGAAUCAAAUUUUGUAAAAAUCAAAAGAAAUGAUAUUAAUGAUGAUUAUUCAUAUGAAUAUAAAGAAAAUAUAGAGAAGAAUCGUGAUAUAUUAGAUUGCUUGGAUGAUAAAAGUGAUGUUAUUUAUUCAGGAGAAGAACAGAUGUUUGAUAAUUAUUCUGAUAUUGAAAAAGGUUCAAUUCAUAUAGAUAAAAAAAUUCAUAAUAUACCAAGUAAUGAAUAUAAUAAUGAUAUAUAUAAUUAUAAUAAAGACAAUGAUAUGAAUGAUGAAGGAGAAUUAUUCCAAUCGAAUAUUUUAAAUAAGGAAACAUAUGUCCAAAUAGAUAACCAUGAGGAUAUACAAUUAGAAAAAUUUUUAACUAAUGACAUAGAAACUUAUAAAUCUUUAUAUAGAAAUAUUAGUGAUAAUAUAUUUAAAAAGAAAAUUGAAAAUUUAAUUAUGAUAAGAACUAAUUUAUAUAAAUAUAUGAACUGCUUAAAUGUACUUGGAAUUAGAUAUAUAAAUAAUAAUAAUAAUAAUAAUAGUAACGAUAUAAAAAAUAUAGAUGAUUUAUAUAAUAAGAAUAUUUCAUUAGAUUUUAAGAGAUCGUAUACUAAAAUAAGGAAAGAUAUAUUACAUCCUUUAAAAAAUGAUGUGUUAGAAAAAAAUAUAUAUAUAAAUUUAAAAAAAGAAACAAAAAAAUAUUAUAACGAAAUGAAGAUAUAUAACAAUUGUUAUAUAUUGUUUGAUUUUAUUUUAAAUAAAUAUGAUAACAAUUUAAAGAAAAAUAAGAAAAAGUUAGAAUAUUAUAUGGACAAAAAUACAUUUUUAUGUAUGUGUACAGAUAUUAAAAUAAAUAAUAUAAUUGAUAAUGUCUAUAUACCAAAUAAUAGUGCAUACAAUACAUGCUUUGAUAUAAAUAAAGGUUCAAAUGAGAAUCAAAUAUUCCAAAUUGUCAAAGAUUUAUUAUAUAAUCAAUAUUUAGAUAGGAACAAACAAAAUAAAGUGCAUAAGGAGGAGAGAAGUAGUUUUGAAUGUUCUGUGAAUAAAAAUGUUCAAUUGGGGAAUAGUAGUGAUAUAACUAAUGGAAGUAUAUAUGAUCAUAAAUUUUAUCGUGUUAAAAAUACACAAGGACUGAAUAAAACAGAACAACGAUCUUUUUAUGGUGAAUAUAGUGAUAUAUCUUCAAGAAGUGGGGAAAUUUUAAGACGAAAUGAAAAAUGUAAUAGUUCGGAAAAAAUGGCAGAUAUAUUAACCACCCAAAUAAAUAUUCACGAGGAUGAUCAUAUUAAUAAGGAUGACAGUAUUAAUAAGGAUGAUCAUAUUAAUAAGGAUGACAGUAUUAAUAAGGAUGAUCAUAUUAAUAAGGAUGACAGUAUUAAUAAGGAUGAUAAUAUUAAAAAGUAUGAUAAUAUUAAUAAGGAUGAUAUUAAUAAUAAUAAUAAUAAUAAUAAUGAUAAUAAAUUUCUUACCUCCAAUUUUAUUAAUUAUAACUGUGUUACAUUUUGUCCAUUCACAUUAAUUCCCAAUUGUAACAAUAUUGUAAACUUUAAUACAAUUGGAUUAAGUAGCACUAAAUAUAAAAGUAAAAGGAAAAAAAAAAUGAAUAUUUACGAUUUAGAAUAUUUAUUUAAUAGACAAGUAUUUUUCAGUAAAUAUAUAAACAAAAAUCAAGGGUUAACACUUAUUGAUUUUUUUUUAUUAAUGCAAGAAAUAUCUUUAUUAAUAUUCCCAUAUAUUAGUCAUCUAUGUAUAUAUAAUACUAUAUAUCCUUAUAAGAAGGAUUUUUUUGAUAAAUUAAAUGAUCAAGAAAAUAAUAUUUUUUCUAAUAUAUAUUGUGAUAAGGGAAAUAUUAAAAAUGAUAAAAAAAAAAAAAAUAUUUGCGUUUAUAAUAAAAAAGUUCAGGAAGGACAAUGUAUGAAUGAAUCUAACUUAACAUCAGAGAAGAUAAAGAAAAAAAAAAAAAAAGGAGAUCACAUAUGUGAAUAUGAUAUGUCUGUAAAUAAUAAAUUUCAUGUUCAUAAAAAUAUAAGUCAUAACAAGGAUGAUUUUUUAUGGCAUAAAAAUAUUUGUAGUAAUAUUUAUAAUUUAUAUGAAUAUAUUCAAAUGUGUAUUAAUCCGAAUGUAAAGAAUAUAUGUUUGGAGACUUUCUUAAUAUUUAUUUUUAAUAAAUAUGGUUUAACAUGUAAUUUAUAA